AUGGAGUCUGAGGAAACCAGUGAGGGUGAUACUGCUCCCCCAGGAGUCAGCAGCACCACUGGGGAAGUUUGGGAUUCUACAGCAGUCAAAAGAGAACAUCAUGCUGCUCGCACAUCAGCCAAAAUGAGCACCAGCCUGCCUAACUCUUCAAGGGGAGUCGAGCUCAGCACUCCUGAGGACUGCCUUUCUGCUCCAGGGAAAGCAGCAGAGAUGCUGGGCAGACCCUCCAACCCUAUGCAAAAAGUGCCAGCAGGACUGGAGCCAGAGCAAGGCAAUGCAGAGCCUCAGAAGAGACUCUCAGAGUUGGAAGGAGAAAUGCUUUCAGAGAAGGAUGAACUGGAUUAUUCUCUGAAACUUAAGCAAUUAGAGCUGGUUGACCUGGAAAGCAACCAGGACUCUUCCUCUCACAGCGUGGUCCAGGAUGAGCCAGCCCCUGGCAAUCCCAUCCUGCAGGCUGUGAGCCUCAGCACUGAGUUUCCUCAGUGCCAAGCAGAACUGGCUUUUCAUGGCUCAGACCCUCAGGCCCAGCAACCAAAAUCAUCUUCGGCAGAUGCCAUUUCCUCUCAGAGAGAGACACCUAAGUGCUUUUUGGUGUGUAAAACUGUUUCAGAGGGGCAUUAUAAGGCUGAACCCUUUCUGGAGAACAUCUCCGGGGAUUCUUUGCAGGAGGUUGAUGCUGGUGCAGAGCAGAAGCAGAAGCUGGCACCAGCACCUGGUGAGCAGCCUACCUCAGAGGAAGCAGUAGAAGACACAGCUAAAACUUACAAUUCUGAAAGUGCUAAGGAAAGCAUUAGAGCACCCCAGGGUUUGGAAGAGAAUAUAGAGUCUUUCUCUUCCCAGCAAUUGUCUUCCACCUUAACACAUGACAGCCAAAUAAGUUCACUGCAAGAAGCAGGAGAUGUCUCAGCUGGUGAAAUAAGGAACACCAGCAUGGUCAAAGACAAGGGAAUAGUAACGAUUCAUAAAGAAAAUUCAUCCACUUCCAAAUGCCUUCGUCUAGAAGAUGAUCACAGAAGAACAGAGGGCAAACCUGCGCCUUCAGCAGAGAGUGCCUUCCAACUAAAGAGUACUGCUAAAAAGAUUGAGGAAGCGAAUGCUUCACAGCAUAAGGAGCCAGCACAGGAAGAGACAGAGUCUGAACUUCGGCAGAAAGAGGAGAAAGAGCACAAGGUGGAUGCGUGUAGUUUGGAGAAUGUUUUCUUGCCUGAGCGAAUGGGGUCAGCAUUUCCUCCUGGGGAACCUGUCUCUGUGGAUCAGCAUCCUGGUGAGGACGUGCUGCUGAAAGCUCAUGUCACAGGAGCAGGUUCUGGAUGUCAGCCAUCUGUUGUCAGCCCUCUGUCCUCAAAUACUCUGAACACAGCGGGUGAAACUUCAGUGGCACCUCCACACACAUGGCAUAUCUCUGACCAGGCAGAAGACCUAGAGGACUCUGGCCGCUUUUCCAUCGGUGGUCAGGAUAUUGGAGAAGCUCACUGGGAUGACAAGACAAGAUUAGGCAGGGAGAAUGAGCACAGUGACAGGUAUGGAAAAGCUGUCCAGAAGUUUGAAAGAGAGGCACCACUCCAUGAAGGAGUGGCAGUACCUUCUAGUGCAGAGAACCCAGAGGCUUCUGCUCCAGCAUAUCCUUCCUCUGGUACCAAUAACUUGGAGGCACCUGAUCCCAUAGAUCCUCAUCACGUUACAGGAAAAGCUGAGUUUCAGGACUUCAUUCCAGCUUCUCCCUCAGACCUCACCUCAAUGGCUUCAGUGUCUGGCUCACAGAAGGAGGGUGCCAGUGGAACAGCUGCUGUGACCCCCAAGGGCUGUCCUGGUGCCAGCCUGAAUGACCUGCCAGCUUCUGCAGAGAAGCCACUGCAAGCUGUUUCUGCAGAGGUGUGGGACACAACACCAGGGCAAACUGCUGGUGUAAGUACAGAUCCAGGGGCAACCAAGACUUUCCAUGAACUCCUUACUUCUGAGGAAGGCUUUCAUGAAGAUCUUCGUGGCCCAUCUUCUUUCUCUGUAAUAUACAAGAGCUCUCCUCCUCUGGAGUGGAACCUUUUUGAGGAUAGGAGGUCUGUGGUUAGGACUGCAGGGCCUUUGGAGCCAUCCCAAACACCAGGAAGGACUUCCACUCCCCUGAACCAGUCAGAGACAAUUCAGCAACCCCCCCCUGAAAAAAGUGCUAUUAUCCAAGGAAAAGAAACAGGAGCAAAUGUGGAUCAUAAAUCACAACAAAUGCCUUUAUUUGAUCAGUCUGACUGCAGUUUAAACCAAGAGGAGCCUGGAUCCAGAAUCUCCAGUGUCCUAAGCAUCCUAACUUGGCCCUCUGAAGAAGAUAUGGUCCUUGCUGUGAACCAGCAAGAACAGCCACUGUCCCCUGUGUCCCACUCAAGCCUACCUCUGGUGUCUGAGCCUGAUGCCAAACAGUUUCCUCAUCCUCGUUCCCAUGUCCAAAGCCCCAGCCAAGCUCAGGCCCCUGCACUUAAUGCAAAUCACAUUGCUCCACUUCCAGCCCCUCAAAGUUACCAGCCACUGGCUCCUGGACAGUACUCUAGGCCACACCCCAACUGUGGUAUGGAGGAUAAUAAGUUAGGAGCUAUUCACCCUGCUGUAAGCCAUCCUCUCCGGUCUGCCGCCUCUGUGCCCAAGUCUGACUCUGUGGCCUCUGCCUCUGAUGGACAAAAUCUAGCAGAGAAAGAUGACCUUGUUCCAGUGACUGGAGAGUGGGAUUUUGGUGACUCAGGUACCCAUGAUACAGAGACUUCUGAUGACUCAGGGGUCAGUUUUUUGGCAAAAAGCUUUUCUGCUGUUGGAAACGAAAUGUUGGUUGUCUGCUCUGAUACCAGCCCUGAAACAGCAGGCCACCACGUGGAUAUGCAGAGUGAAAAAUCCUCACCUGACCACCCUUCUUGGCCCUCGUUGGAAGGCUUGAUAACAUCCACAGAGUCCAAGAGCACAGACUCUGGACAUCUACUUCCAAUGCUUGCAUUCACCAAUCCAAUCCACUUCUUCCAGCUCAGCCCUCCAUCGCCGCCAACCACCAGAACAACCUGCCAGGAGGAGGAAAUGCAAUGGGAGCAACAGGCAGGCAUCUUUGGUGUGGACACAAAGAACAUCCAAACUCCACUGGCAAUCACAGAGAAAACAGAAGUUGAGAGGAGGGUCAAGCAAAGGCUGGAAGGAGGAGAACAUCAGCCAAAGGAAGAAAUGGCCAAACAUGCACCUUUGGAAAAGUCAUCAAGUUGGCCAGACAAGAAAAAGCUUGGGGCAGCUGCACAAGAGCCAGCAGCCAAUCAAGAAAACCUAAUUAAACGCCGAGUGAAAAGCAAGGACUGGCACCGUCAGGGCCUGAAGAGGAUGUCAGUGCCACCAGACAUCUUGCAAGAAAUUUCUCCAGUUCCUUCAGAGGAAGAAGCUCACAAGGCACACAGGGAACCACCAGUCAGCUCAGAAACAGUUAUAAGGCGAGAGAAGAAACCUACAGACACGUCAGAGACCUUCAAACGCCGGCACUCCAAACUGAUCAACUCUUCAAGACUGCUGUAUCAGGAGUACAGUGAUGUGGCUCUGAACAAGGCCAUUCAAAGCCAGAAGAGAGUGGAUUAUCCAGAGGAUUUAGAGUCAAGUUUCCCAAGCUCCCCGAGGCUACGGAGGAAAGUGCUGUCUCCCCAGGACUCCUAUUUGCAACGCUUGUCAGUCUCAUCUAAUGCAUCCCUCUGGCAGGACAUCCCCAUGAUCCGGGGCAGCAGAAUGCUGCUCAAUAUGUCCCGUGAGGAGCAGAGGCUACAAGAGGCCAAGUUUGAGUUGAUAAUAUCUGAGGCUUCCUACCUGCGCAGUUUAAAUGUGGCAGUGGAUCACUUCCAGCGAUCAGGAGAGCUCCAGGCCAUGCUCACCAACCAAGAGCGUCAGUGGCUUUUCUCUCGCCUUUCCGACGUACGCGAUGUCAGUGCCAGUUUCCUCUUUGACUUGGAGGAGAAAUUUGAGGAGGACAUGUUUACCUUCCAUGUGUGCGAUGUGGCUCUGAAACAUGCCCCUGACUUCCGCAGGGUGUAUCUACCAUAUGUAACCAACCAGACAUAUCAGGAGCAAACCUUCCAGCGGUUACUAAAUGGAAACGCAGGGUUCCAGCAAGUCCUGGAGAGACUGGAAAGUGAUCCAGUGUGCCAGCGCCUCUCACUUAAGUCCUUCCUUAUCCUCCCCUUCCAGCGCAUCACUCGACUCAAGCUCCUCCUACAGAAUAUCCUGAAAAGAACUCGGCCUGGGUCUGAGGAGGAAGUACAAGCAACACAGGCCUAUGAUGCACUUGAAAAGCUCAUCAAGGAUUGCAAUGAAAAUGUCCAGCGCAUGAAAAGCACUGAAGAGCUGAUCUACCUCAGCCAGAAGAUUGAAUUUGAGUGCAAGAUAUUCCCACUCAUCUCACAGUCGAGGCGACUUGUGAAGUGUGGUGAGUUGACAGCACUGGACUUCAACAACCCGAGCCCAAAAUGGAAAGUCACCACCCGACCCAUCUACCUACACCUGUUCAAUGACUGUCUGCUCCUGUCUCGACCGAAGGAGGGUGGACGUUUUGUUGUGUUUGACCAUGCUGCUUUCUCAGAUGUGCGUGGGGAGAAGUGCGAGAUGAAACUCCAUGGAGCAACCAAAAAUCUUUUCCGUCUCUUUCUCCUUCAGAAUUAUCAGGAUUUGUUUCGUACAGAGACACAAAGUGAGAAGCUGAGGUGGAUCUCUGCUUUGGCUCCUCCACGGGGAGAACCAGACCUCCUGGACUGCCCUGAUGCACCACAGGUUCAAUGCAUAAAGACUUACAAGGCUCGGGAAAAUGAUGAGCUGGCUUUGGAGAAGGCAGAUAUCAUCAUGGUUAUGCAGUACAGCAAUGAUGGAUGGAUGGAAGGAGUAAAACUUUCAGACCGGGAGAGAGGCUGGUUCCCCUCGGAACAUGUCGAAAACAUCUCCAGCAAACACGUGCGGCAGAAGAACCUGAAGGAGGAACAACGUGUGAAGAAUGCCAAGCAGCAGGUCUUCUGCAAGAAAUAAGACUCUGUUUGGACCUGUACAGUCCCUGACAUGGGGAAACCUUGUUUUUUACUACUGUGCCUCAGAAGAAAUGCCUCUGUGAAGAGCAUAAUACA